UAGCCUAUUACAAUGGCAAUAGGGGUUAACACCAUUAAUGUGGAUGACACUAUUGCUACCUUUCAAACCAAAUCCAGCAAACCACAGGGCACAGGAGGCCGGACUAGUAUUGGCAGGUUGAAAUAGGCUUGAAACGGGCCAGUUUCACUGCAAAUUUAAACCUCAGGCUAGAUCCAGCCAGUGACUAGCCAGGCUCGGCAAGAAAGUUGAUAGAUUGGGGGAGAAAAGGGGGAGGGGAGAGAAAGUAGAAAAAGUUGGCAUUAUUUAAGUUUUUUUCCCUCGUUUUCGCAAUUCACUUUUUAAGUUUGGUAACUUUCGUGGCCUGGGCUACUACAGCAUUAGCUAAAUAAUUAAAUUUCAUUAGUAUAGUAAUUAGUAACACGACGCAAGAUCUUCGGUUUUCCUUUUCCUUGUUCCCUACACUGGACCCUCUCAUCUUCAAAGCUAACACAAAUGUAUACCCUAUUUAAUAAUAUUACAUAUAAAUAAAUAAAUAACCCCUAAUUUCCUUCUCAAUUCUCUUCAAUCAUCACCCUUUUCCUGCAAUCCAAACAAACAAAACCUCUCUCUUUAUCUGUGACACCAACCAACCAAGCAGCAACCCCCCCCCCCUGCAUAAAUGAUCAGGUCUUGGCUCCUCCAGCCAGCACCACUGCCUUUCCUCCCAUCUCCGCCGCCAGCUGAUUGUUGAUGUAUCAUCGGACCUAAUUCCAGUCUGAAGAAUUGAUUUAAUUGGUAACCUUUUAAGUUUCGAGUUAGAAUCUUAUUUUAGAAAAAAAACACCAAAAAAAAGAAAGAAAGAAAAAAAGGAAAAAGAAAACGGAUGGGGAGGAUCUCAAUAGCUUAUAUACAUGAGGGUAAAUGGCCUCCUGGGUCAGUUGAUAUUCACAUCAUCCAAAAGAGUCUUCGAAAGGCUGUCUUUGUAGCUAUUCUCCUUAUACCAUUUGCCUGCAUUUUCCUAUCUCUCAAGGAAAUUUCAGCCACUCUUAUUUUGUGGAGAUUUCAGCUAAGUGGACUUCUUGUCAUAUUAUUAUUAUUGCUUUGGAACCCUGUUCACAAAGAGUCUGUCAUCAUAAUGCCAGCCUUUGGAGUUCAGCUUGAAACCCACUAUACGAGUGGAAGAAUCAUCCGCAGAUUCAUUCCUGCCGGUGAGAUUUUGAAACCUGUAUUAUUAGAAUGUGUUACCCCCGUAACUUGUUACUGGAGCCUCUCUUUACUUGUGCGUGGGAAGGAAGAGCUAGUGUUGGUGUUCAAGGAGCUACACCCUCCAAUGAAGAUGUUGCUUCCCAUAUGGAAGGCCUUGUGUGCUAGCAUUGACAACAAAGAAGGUCCAGACACAUGUGGGGAAGGUGAAGGUGGCUGAUGUCAAGGCCGUGAAAGUAGAAAGAGGAAUAUAUGAAAACACAUCAAUUAGCAAAGAAAACGUAUGUGGAUUGCUUGCUGCAAGCGUAGAGAAGAGAUAGGGGUAAAAUGCAUUCUCGUCAGAGUAAAAACAAUUUAGUCCUUUUUUGUAGAAGAGGAUGAGCAUUAGAGAUUAUCAGCAAGCUGUCUGUUGCUAAAGGAAACAAACAAUGGAUGAGCUUUCCAACUCAAUUAACCAAGAUACAAUAUGCAUAUUUGUUGGUCUGUUCACUUUUUUAGUAUGUUUUUCUUUUUCUUUUCUUUUCUUUUGUUGGUUUCAUUUGAUAUCGAAAUGGUAUACAGUUAAACUGGGUUGGGAUUUGACUCAGUUGUAUGUGAGGAAAAAAAAAAGUAAAUCAAAUGUGGCAUCAUUUUCACCCAAUGUAUGGGAUACAAGUUAGAAUGAUAA